CAAUAAUUUAGAGACCACUAAAGGACCUCGUAGGGAGCACAUCCACAAUGAAGAACCAAAGCAGAGGUCUGAGUGUUAUUCUGCCAAAUAACACGAAACUAAACAUGACUGUUGGGCUUAAGGACAGAGUUCAAGAUGUGUUCAACCAGGUGUCUGAGCUACUCGUCUCAGAUCUUCAUCUCUUUGGUCUGAGUGUUGUAAAGGACAAUCAACCGCUUUUCCUAGAUCUGGAGCAAAAAUUGUCCUUGUACCUCCCAAAGUCCUGGAGAAAGAAUACAUCAAAGGAGGAAGUUGUUCUCUCUCUGAAAGUGCAGUACUUUGUAGAAAAUGCUCAACUAAUUGUAAACAAUGAAGCCCGUCAGCUGUAUUAUGCUGAACUUAAAGAGAGAGUUUUGAGAUCUGAGUGCUUUGAGCAAGAAGGAUUAUACUUUCAGCUGGCUGCAUACGCCCUGCAAGCUGACCUGGGAGACUACGAAGAACCAAACUUUGCAUACUUCAGCCCACUGGGCUUUUUCCCUUUUUGGAUCAUACAGAAGCGUGGGAAUGAUUAUAUCCUGAAGCACAUCCCAACCCUGCAUAUGGAGCUUAAGGGAAUGUCAUCCAGCAAGGCUUCCUUACAUUUCAUGCAAGAAGCAUUGACCUUGAGUGAUGUGCCCAUCACCAUCUAUAGAAUGUUCAAAGAAAAGAAUAAAGCACAAGGUUGUAUCCUCAUAGGCUUGGCUUCUGGAGGACUGCAGAUCUCUGAGAUGCUGAAUGGAAAACAACAGUUUCUAUAUGAUAUGCCAUGGUCAGACAUUCAUUCCAUUACGUUUCAGGGCAGGAAGUUUGACAUUCGAGCUGAUGGCUUACGUGAUCAAAAGAUGGUGUUCUAUAGUUUUUCUGUCCUUCAUGCCAUAAACCUGCUCAAGCACAUAAGCAACAGUCACCGGCUGCAUCUGAACACAAAGCCCUUGGUCAUGCGGCUCAAGGAAAAAAACGAUAGAGGGACACACAGAGAGAUGUACAUCACAGAUGGAGCUGAUCUGGACAUGGAGGACAGCGAAGAUGAGCUUCCACCAAUGAAAUUCCUCUUAGACCAGAAGCGAACCACUGGCACCACUGAAUGUACAAAUGUCAAAGAUAGGGAUGUUUCAAUGGGCCCUUGUGGCUUAGAGAUGAGUGUUGAUGAGCCAGAAGAAAUGUUUGUAGAUGACCCUGAAGACAUCCUGCGUUUAGUAGAGCUGGUGGAGGGUGUAUCUGUGGAUGGUCCUUUACUUCUGCCAAUUUCUUACUGGAAAGGUCACAUUUAGGCAUUUGCUUAUGAUCAGUGCUA